CAGGCUUUUGUAACGUCAGCUUAGAAAAAUAAUAUUUUACCAAUAAAAAGUAGGGCUGCCCUCCAUUACACGCCUGGCUGGGAUAACAAGGGAGCUAUGUUAAUUAGUGUUAUCCCCUCCCCCCACGGGACAUUUCCAAGUACCUCCUGACCCUUUUUCCAAACAGAGACGAGUUGUCAGACGGUCCCUAAAAAAGAAAACAGUCUCUAUUGUUCCAGCACCCGCUCUGCUCUGGACGGUGCAGUGCCACAUGUGAGCACAGAGGGCGCUGCACGCAUGGCAGGCCGGGCUCAGCGGCCUUUACAUCUUUUUGUCUGAGAACUGGAUCCCUCUGCCGCUCUACAGUGUGUGCGAUAGCCUUUGAGCUGCAUUCGUAACACACUGUCAAACCACUCCAAACGAAAACUACCGCGACCAAAAGCAAUUAUUCAACACAUUCUGCCAUGGCGUUUCUAAUCUGCCGGUAAAUCGGUCGUAUUUGUGACUGUUCGCUGGAACUUAGUCCGGGGUUGAAUCGGGCUUGCUUUCUGUGUGCAUCAGUCUUUAUUAGCGAGCUGCCGCUCUUCUUGCUAUCAGCUAUUUCUUUAACUUUUUAAACACUCAGCUUCGCGAAUGACUGAGCGCCGGCGGAGUAUGGGAUCCUUGGUGUCUUAAGAAGCGACUGAAGUGGGGUUUAACCGUUUUUGCAUGCAAAAACAAUGGCAAAUUCGACGGGGAAAAAUCUACUAGAUCAGCGAAGGAAAGGACAGGCUUUCCUGGACGAGCUGCGGCAAUUUCACCAAAGCAGAGGCACGCCGUUCAAGAAGAUUCCUUUCGUGGGUGGGAAAGAGCUGGAUCUGAAUGCUCUCUAUAUCAGAGUCGUCUCUUUAGGUGGAUUCGCUAAGGUCUCUGACAAAAACCAAUGGAUUGAACUUGGAGAAGAGUUUAACUUUCCGAAGAGUUGUUCCAACGCUGCAUUUGCUUUAAAACAGUACUACCUUCGAUACUUGGAGAAGUAUGAGAAAGUCCACCACUUCGGCGAGGACGAUGAAGAAGCGCAGCCGGGGAAUCCCAAAGCCUCUCUUCCAAUCGGUGCAAUUCCCAGCUCUUAUAACUACCAGCAACACAGUGUAUCAGACUAUCUCCGCCAAAGCUAUGGAUUGUCUUCGGAUUUUGUUCAGCCGUGUGACUACAACAAACUGGUGCUGUCUCUCCUUUCGGGCCUACCCAACGAAGUGGACUUCGCUGUUAACGUUUGCACUCUGCUUUCCAACGAGAGCAAGCACGCCAUGCAGCUGGACAAGGACCCCAAACUGGUCACGUUGCUGCUGGCACACGCCGGCGUCUUCGACGACUGUACGUUCCCAACCUCGCUAAGAUUGUGCUCUUCAGUUCAAAUGUUGGACAGCAGGAUAGAGACGGCUGCUUUUCUCCUGCAGUUCUGGAAAGAGGUGGUGGAGGACGCUGAAGUAAGGGAGCUGAUCUGGGACAAAAGCAGCCCAGCACAAGAUGGUACGUCGUGUGAGGAGCGCUGGCAGAGCCUCUUCCACCCGCCGCGGAACCCGGGUAUCAGUGACAUGGAGGCCCAGCGGGUUCUGCAGAUUGCCGUUAUCCUGCGAAACCUCUCCUUCGAGGAGGCCAACGUCAAGCUGCUGGCGGCCAACCGAACGUGCCUGCGCUUCCUUUUGCUCUGUGCCCACUGUAACCUCAUCUCACUCCGACAGCUUGGACUUGACACGUUGGGCAACGUGGCGGCCGAGCUCCAGCUGGAUCCUGUUGACUUUCGGACAACUCAUCUGAUCUUUCACACCAUCACCAAAUGCUUGAUGUCCAGGGACAGGUUUCUCAAAAUGAGAGCCAUGGAAAUCCUGGGCAACCUCAGCAAGGCUGAGGACAACGGCGUGCUGAUCUGCGAGUAUGUGGACCAGGACUCUUACAGGGAGGUAACGAUGCUCCUCACCCUGCCAGACCUCAUGCUCCUCAUGGCCUCCUUGGAGGUGCUGUACCUGCUGGCUCAGCUCGGAGAGGUUCCCUGCAGCAAGAUCGCCUCCGUCGACCAUAGCAUAGACCUGUUAGUGCGGUUAGUGUCGGUUGACCUCCAUACGUUUGGACCCGACGCCCUAACAGCGGUGCGGUUGAUCGAGCAUCAGGCCAACGCCGACCAGGCAGCCGAGGUUCGACCACAGCUGGUGGAGCAGGUACCUGCAGCUGUGCAGGGAGUGCCAGCACCUGUAACAAGGGUCCCUGUUCAGUCCACUCAACCACCACCGGGUAUUGUUGAACUAGAUGGGGAAAAAUUUACACUGCAGUGGCUAAACGCACACUUUGAGACAAACCCUGAGGGCUCUGUGUCUCGAUCAGAAAUGUACUCCGAGUACCUGGCCACGUGCAAUAAAAUGGGACGAGGCAACAUCUUGAACUCCACCGGCUUCCUCAAAUGUCUGCGGACUGUGUUCCCCAACCACACGAUGCGGCGGCAAGAGGAGCCCAAGGCCAACGGUCAGGUUCAGAUUCUCCUGGUAGGGCUAAGGCGAAGGUCAAUCCCCCUGCCCAUCCAGCUGUACUACCAGCAGGCUCAGCAACAGCCUCAGCAGAAUCCGGCAGCAGCUCCUCCACCUCCAGCAGCCCGACAUGAAGCUCCUGGAGACCCUCAGGCCCCGCCACCAGGCUUACCUCCCGGGCAUCUCAGUCUCGGAUCCCAGUUUGUCCGGCCCCUGGGCUCCAGUCUCAGUGCCACUGGUGCUGCCACAUCCAUGGCCUUGACUGCACAGGAACCCCACCAUGCAAGCUACCCGACUGUUUCCCGUCACCCAGUGCCCCCGCAGGUGCCUCCCCAGUUACCACCAAAUCCUCUGGCAGCAGUGCAGCAGCAACAGCUCCGACCCGGUCCAGUGGUCCAGAUUCCGACGUCAGUACCGGCCAACCAGAACCACAGCCCCCAGAACCCUGCCACUCCACCUGCAGCUCAGCAACAACAGCAGCACUCCCCGAUGCUCCCCACGGGGACGCCUGUCACGCUAUUUCAGCAGGUACCACAGGGCCACAUCCUCACCGCCAGGGUACAAGGCGUUUGCCCUCCGAUCACCCAGCACCCGCCCCUGCCUCAAACCCCUCCCCCGUGUGGGCCUCAGGGUGGAACUACCCAGGUGGAACCUCAGUGUGUUGCUGCUGCAUCAAGUAUGGCAGGUGUGCCCAAUUCCCAGGGGUCACGUGUCACAUUUCAGAACAUCGCCCCCAAACCAGCGCCAAACCAGUCAGGUGGACCAGCAGCCACAAUAACCACUCCCAACCAGCAGCCUCAGCAGCAGGCGCAGAGUGUCGUAAUAGUCAGUCCCAACCCGCAGCAGAGCCCAGCCUACACCCCUGCCAUACACCAGAUCGUUCUUGCCAACCCCUCCGCCAUUCCCGGUGCCCAGACUAUCCAGAUAGCAGGGCAACCUGGAGCUGCUUCCAGCCCCUGCCCGCCUCCUGCAUCUCACUCCAACACCCAGGUCCAGUCCAGUCAAACUGUCAGCCACGCACUGUCCAUGAAACGGCACCAACAGCAGCAACAUCAACAGCAGCCACCGCUCCAAAUCAUUUCCCAAACUCCUCCCUCUCAGCCUACCUCCACUGAGUCCAGCUUGAUCAAACAGCUACUGCUUCCAAAGCGAGGGCCUUCUACCCCGGGAGGAAAGCUAAUCCUGCCCGCUCCACAGGUGCCCCUUCCCAACAGCACGAUAGCCCCUAGUUCACAAGUCAUCUACCAGACAAGCUACAGCACCCAGAAUCCCUCUCCUCAGCCCCAGCAGCUCAAUGUCCAGCUGGUUCCUGGUCAGCUUCCUACUGCAGGAGCAGGAGCCCCAGCCCUCCAGACGGUCCAGCUCUUGCCAGGCCAGCUAAUUUCCACAAGUAGCCCAGGGGCAGCUACCAUCAUCCAGGGCCCUGCGGCAGCUGGACAAGUCACGUUCACCGUGGUCCCCAACACUGGUUUCACCACCUCCACUGCUGCUGUUGCUGCUGUCAGCCAGGGUGCUGUGGCUCCGGGAGUUCCCCCUCCUCCAUUCUCUACUGGAACAGGGCCCCACCAUGCCCCUGCAGCUCCACCACCACAACCACCACUGCCAGCUCCCCUCAGAGGAGACAAGAUCAUUUGUCAAAAGGAGGAGGAGGCCAAGGACGCCACGGGGCUGCACAUCCAUGAGAGAAAGAUAGAGGUGAUGGAGAACUCCUCUUUGGCAGAAGGAGACUCCUCAAACAGCAAAACCAGUAACGGGGAUGUUGUGGCAGGUGCCAAGCUGCUAAAUGGUCGGAAGUGCAUGGAGUCUAAUCUACCUCCAUACCACUCAGGGAACAGCCAGGGGGCCCUCAAUGGCCCGGCUACGGAGAGUCACCCUGCUAAUGGGAAGCAGGCCCUCUCCCCCAGCCUGAACACCCCUCUGGAGGGCGACCCCAAAAAGACUCUAGUCAACGGAGUGUGUGACUUUGAUCGGGGUGACAGUGGUGGCAACUUUAACAAAAACAUUCCAAAUCACAUUGCUUCCAAACAGUACUUGGGGAACGGGGAGGUGGGACCCUCUGAGAAGAGUCACGGAUCAGACCCCCCUCUCCCUAGUCCUCCUCCCCCCCAGCAGGACACUGCCAAAGCCCAGCAGGCUGAGCGCCUGGCCAACGGACCCCAGGCAGUAGGCAACAGGCCUCCCUCGGAAUUAACCAAUGGACCUUUGGGGCCGGGCCACGCUGUGCCUGUGCUAAGACAGCAACUGCUCCCCAAUUCCACCCUCCCCUCCACUGUUACGCUUACCUCCCAGAGUCUUGCUGCCUCUCCUGCAAAUGGAGUGGCCUCUGAGGCUCGAGGUCUCAAGAGACCGGCUGAGAGCGAGGACCGCAUUGCAGCGGCAGCAUCCUCGGGGAUCCCCAAUAAAGUGGGAGUGCGGAUCAUCACCAUCAGUGACCCCAACAACGCCGGCAGCAGUGCCACCAUGGUGGCGGUGCCAGCAGGAACAGACCCAAGCACAGUAGCCAAAGUAGCAAUAGAGAACGCCACUCAGCAGAGGAACUGCUCACCCACACAGGCAGCUGGCUCAACGCCUACGGUUACCCCGUCCCCGCCCCCUGUAUCCCAGCCUGCACCAGCGGGAAACCACAGCCCUCACCUCGCAGCACAGCAAACCCCCGCAGCAGCGCCAGAGCAAAGCAGGAAAGCAGGGCAGAACUUCAAGUGUCUGUGGCAGUCCUGUAAACGAUGGUUCGAAACGCCGGCUCAGGUGUUUUACCACGCAGCAACGCAACAUGGUGGUAAAGGCAUGUAUGGAGGCCAUUGUCUGUGGGAGGGAUGUGAACCUUUCCCCCGGCAGAGACUGUCCUUCAUCACACAUUUACAGGAUAAGCACUGUUCUCGAGAGGCUUUGCUGGCUGGACUCAAACUAGAGGAGCAGCAGGCACAAAGUCCCAAUCAGACUUCUUCCCAGACUCCGCCAGCGGCAGGCAGUAGUCCGGCACCGCGAGCACCGAAAGCAAUCGUGAAUCAUCCGAGUGCAGCUCUCAUGGCCCUACGCAGAGGCUCUCGAAACCUGGUCUUCAGGGACUUCACUGACGAGAAGGAGGGACCAGUGACCAAACACAUACGACUAACUGCUGCCUUAACGUUAAAGAACAUCGCCAAGCACUCUGACUGCGGUCGCAUGUUGGUAAAGAGGCAUGAGACGCACCUCUCUGUGCUCGCGCUAAGUAACAUGGAGGUUUCCACCACGCUCGCCAAAUGCCUUUACGAACUGACGCGCUCGCUCCAGGCUUAACGCCAAAAGGACAACCUCUAAAAACCCCCUCACCCCACCGCCCCCAUCCCCCUCCUGGGACGAGGGGGGGAAGCCACCGGUGAGCCGUAGCGGGUCUGCAGGGGAGUGAGCAGAGGGCGGGAACCAGAACAGACCCUCCUUCUACCGCGCCUGGCACCCUCAACCCCCUCUCAUCCCUCACCUCCUUCCUCGCCAACCUGUGUUCAAACCCCCGCCCUCCCCCAACCCACACACACACACAAA